CGGCUGGCAUAGAAACAUCACCCUCCCUCCCCCCAUCAUCACUCCCUUUUGUUCAUUUCCUCAGCAAAGCGCAGAGAGUCAAUCACAGCUGUAACUGCCUCCCCGGCUCCUCUAACCGGGAUUUGGGAACAUUGCAGUCCCGGGGAGCUCUUCCACACAGCGGCAGCUGGCUGGACAAACCUUGGGCUUGGGGUUUGGUUUUGUACUGGACAGUUCCCCGGUAUCUCUCCAGCCCUUUAGUGAAGAAGACUGUGUGUGUGUGAAAUCCAUGUGACUUGGGUUUGCUGUCAGUUUUUCUCAGCAUCCUUCCAUCCGAGCAAAACAGAGAGACAGAGACGAGAGAGAGAGAGAGCUGCAGGAAGACACGAGUGCAGGGGCGAGGCCACCGACAGUAGCUGGAAGAGCAGGGAAGGAGCUGCAGGAGAGUACAGAGGCGAUUGGCAGCAAUGGUUAUCUGGAGAGAUGUGUGAGCUUAACAACCAGUUCUCCUGAAGAAAGAGCUUUGUCGACUGCAGAGAGAGAGAGAGAGAAAGAGGCAGUCGUUAGGGGAGAUGAGCUUGCUGAAACCCAGUGGGUUAAAAGCCCCGGGCCGGGGCAACAAGCACUCCAGCCCAAUGGGCCGUGGCUCUGCAGCAGUCGCUGGGCCCAAGGAAGGUUCCCCAUUGCACAAGCAAGCUUCAGUCCCUGUACCUAGCGACAAAUUGCCCUCAAAGAGUGCCGAGGUGGGUGACGAUUGCAUUGGCGAUUUUGCCAUCGGGGAUCGUAUCUGGGUGAAUGGUGUGAAGCCUGGCAUCAUACAGUUCCUUGGGGAAACACAGUUUGCUCCCGGAAAGUGGGCAGGAGUUGUCCUCGAUGAGCCCGUGGGCAAAAACGAUGGUUCGGUCGGCGGCGUGCGGUACUUCGAAUGCGGAGCUUUACAAGGCAUUUUCACCCGGCCCUCAAAGCUGGCGCUUCGCCCCUCGAGUGAUGGUGCCGGAAGUGAUGCCCAUUCCGGAGACUCUGUUACAUUUCCAGCCGCAGCCUCGCAACAUGGUACUGCCACCCCACCACUCUCAACCCAACGCGUCAACUGCGCAAUCCCCCUGAGGGAAAGCAUUUUGAACAGUUCCAUGAAGACGGGGAAUGAGUCAGGAUCAAACCUGUCUGACAGUGGAUCUGUAAAGAAAGGGGACAAGGACCUGAGAUGUGGGGAUCGUGUUCUGGUGGGUGGCACCAAAACCGGAGUUGUAAAGUAUGUCGGAGAGACGGAUUUUGCAAAGGGCGAGUGGUGUGGAGUUGAACUGGAUGAACCACUGGGGAAAAAUGAUGGCGCUGUCGCUGGCACAAGAUACUUCCAGUGUCCACCCAAGUUUGGUCUCUUUGCUCCCAUUCACAAGGUGAUGAGGAUCGGCUUCCCGUCCACCACACCAGCCAAAACCAAGAAGAGUAAGAGGAUGGCCAUGGGGGUCUCGGCCUUGACGCAGAGCCCAAGCAGCUCUUCGAUAAGUUCAGUCAGUUCCGUGGCCUCUUCUGUCGGGGGCAGACCGAGCCGCACUGGAUUGCUGACUGAGACAUCCUCUCGCUACGCCCGGAAGAUCUCUGGCACCACCGCCCUGCAGGAAGCCCUGAAGGAGAAGCAGCAGCACAUUGAACAGCUGUUGGCCGAGCGAGACCUGGAGCGCGCUGAGGUGGCCAAGGCAACCAGCCAUAUCUGUGAGGUGGAGAAAGAGCUGGCUCUCCUGAAGGCCACACAUGCACAGUACGCCACGGAGGCUGAGAUGAACCUACAGAUUGUACGAACCAGGCUAAACAACGCUGAGAGACAAAAACUGGAGCUGUUAAACACACUGGAAGAGGAGAAAAGGAAAAUUGAGGAUCUCCAGUUCCGAGUGGAAGAGGAAUCAAUUACCAAAGGAGAUUUAGAGACUCAAACAAAGUUAGAGCAUGCCCGCAUUCGGGAGCUCGAGCACAGCCUGCUGUUUGAAAGGACUAAAGCUGGAAAACUCCAGAAGGAGUUUGAAGACACUCGGCUCACAACGGUAGCUGAAAAGUCCAGGAUUGUCCAGCUGGAGGAUGAACUGAAUUUGAAGAACAGCGAAAUUGAGGAACUGCAGCAGAGGCUGAGAAACUCGGACAAGUCAGACACACCAGAGCAGAGCCUCAGUCUGCAGUCAGAGGUCUUCAAGUUACGAGACCAGCUGUCGGCAGUCAACAAAGAGCACCAAAAUGAGACCGACUUACUGAAGGAAAAAUAUGAGGCCAGGUUGCAGGAGUAUCAGGAGGAAAUGGAAAAGUUGAAGGCCACUAACGAGAAAUACUUGCAGGAUAUCAUUGACCUCCGACAGAAGCUCCACCAAGCAACUAAGGAAAACAUGGAGAUGAUGGACAACUGGAAGAACAAACUGGACACUUUAGUAUCUGACCACCAGAAGUCUCUGGAGGAACUUAAAGUCUCAUUGAUUGCAGGUAGUGAUGUUCAGAAUAGUGAGCUGGUCGAGCUAAGAGCCACCAUAGAAAGCCUGAAGAUGGAACACCAACUCGAGUGGGAGAAUCUGAAAGCCAAGCAUGAGAUUGAGAUGGCACUGCACAUCAAGGAGAAAGAGGACUUCAAAGUUAAGUUGCAAGAAGCCAAAUACGAACUGGAAGAGUGCAAUGCAAACUGGCAGAACAAGUUGGAGGUUACGACAUGUCAGCACAGGCAAGAGCUCCAGGUGACCAUCGAUCAGCUCCGAAAUGCUGAGCUGAGAUUUAGUGAGCAGGAGAAACUUCAUGCUGGGUACAAAGACCAGGCACAGGCCAUCAGCUUUUUAAAGGAGCAGAUAGCUGCAGCCGAGAGAAAAAUGACAGACUACGAGGCGCUCCAGAAGUCUGAGAUCCAACACAAGCAGGAAUUUAAGAACCUUCAGGAGAAGCUGCAAGCACUAGAAGCUCACCAUUCUUCUGAAGCCAUUGACAGCAAUAACAUCUUGAAAGAGAAAAUGAAAAUGAAACAGUCAAUAGAAGACUUAUUAGACAAACUUGGUAAAAGAGAAAAGGAUGUUUCUUCAAUGUCAUCACAGAUCGAGUUACUAAAGACGCAGAUUGUUGCUCUGGAACACAAGUCAAAAUCUUCCGAGAAGAAGGCCGACGCAACAACAAAGGAGAAAGCCAAGCUGGAAAUGGAGCUGGAGGCCCUGACCCGUAAAUCCCAUGAUGCUUCGGGUCAGCUGGUCAUCAUUAGUCAAGAGCUGCUGAAGAAGGAACGGAACCUCAAUGAACUACGCUCUUUGCUCUUGGAGACCAAUCGUCACCCCAGCGGAGGGGAAAAGGACCUCAGCCGUGAAGUCCACAAAGCCGAGUGGAGAAUGAAGGAACAGAAACUACAGGAAGACAUCAAAGUUCUCCGAGAGAAACUCUAUGGUCUGGGGACUGAAAAGUACAAGCCCGACCAAAAGCGGCGCCCAUCCUCUCUACAGGACACAGAAACAGACACGGAGAUUUGCAAACUGCAGCAAAGGCUGGUUAACACUGAAGAGGCCCUGCGGAGUGCACUGGAGCAGAACCAGCAAAUGGAAAGGCUGAUGGAAGCCAUGCAGACUCUCGACAGCGCAGGCUCUGCAAAUGGAGUCCAUCAGCGAGGCCAGCUUGAGGCAAUGACAGACAGCAGAUGCUUCAAACAAGAGGAUUUCUCGAGGUCUCGUUCUCCGCAGCGCCAUUCUGACUCCGGUCGUGCGAAACAGUUAUUGGUGACAGAAAACAGAAGAAUAGAAAAACUCUUCAAGGAAAUAGAAGAGAUGAGUGUUUGUGCUUCUCCAGAGUCAUUACAGCUAAAAGGGUCAGGAGAUGUGUGCAAUAAACAGUCCACAUCUGCAGAUCGAGGCGAGUCUACAGAAAAGACCCAGCACUGACGCCAGAGGUGUUUGCGAAUGGGACAUUAGUCGUUUACUGGUUUCCCUCAUGUGCACUAGCAGACAGCUGCCCCAGCUUGAAGACUCGUGUUUAUCUGACUGCAUCCUAUCACUGAUAGAGCUUGGAGUUCUAAAGCCCUUGUGUCACCCCUGCAGCCUCGUUAGGAGAGCGGUGCUUCAGGACUCACGCAGUUUUGUACUGUCAGCUUAUCCACUUGCUGCAAGCCAGACUUUUAAGGGAGCGAACAUCACCUGAACCUGCGGGAUAACAUGGACGCACUUUUGUUUUUCAUGCAAGCAGAGCAGGAGACGACGCUGCGCUUUAAGAAGAGGAGUUUCGGAUCAAUGGGUUUGCAUUAUGUAGUAUUUAAUAUCACAAAACAAAUCUGCAUGACAUCUGUCCCCAUUCAGGUUGGAAUUCUCUUGUUGAUCACCAGCCUGUCCGCAGGUUCCCAUCCACCCAUGUUCCCAAGUGUUGAAAUAUCAGUAGGACAGCCACAAAGUCGAGGUUGAGACACGCUUUUCAAAAAAAUGGGAGAAACAGCACCCUACUGAAACACUGAUGAGAUCUAGCCCAAGCCAGUCUAUAUUCUCCUGCUUCCUGUUUCAGGCAGCAAACAUGAAUUUUGUUUGGCUGUCUGCAAAUAAAAUCCCUUCUUAGCUUUGGACCACGGAUUUGAGGCACUUUGUUGGUUCGGAGCAAGCCGCCUCCUCCAUUCAAUAAGAGCAUGGCUGGUCUAAUAACUCCACUUUCCUGUCCAGCUCUGAUAAUCUUCCACCCCUUUACUUGUCAAGAAUAUUUCUGUGUUGGUCUUAAAAAAUAUUUGAGCAUUUCCUUUACUGUCGUCUUUUGGGGAAGAGAUUCCCAAGGAUUCUUGACCUCUGUGAGGAAAAUAAAAUAUUCUCCUGGUCUGUGUUUUAGCUAAAACCCAAUGUGUUCAGGGCCUGUUUGUGAGGAGCUUGGAUGCAAUCCAGCCCUGAUGUCUGUCAUCAUUGCUAAAGGUAGUUUUCAGCUUCCUGAGAGCUCGGAAAAAACUCCAUCACUUGCUUGAAACCGAAUGCAGACUUGCCCUUCGUGUUCAGAUUUGAUGUGUGACAGUAAAAAAAGUGGUAAACGCUUACAUCAAAUUAUUUAGAAGUUACAGUAAAUAGGCGAAGAAGAGUUACUUUCUUCUUUUCUUAUUUGACAUCUUGUUUGAUACUUAAAACACAGCGCUACCCCACCCUGUUCUCCCACUGCAGCUUCAGGGUCUAUCUUUUUUUUCUUUAUUCAUUCACAGAAUGAUGGUGUCACUGGCCAGGCCAGCAUUUAUUGCCCAUCUCUAAUUGCCCAGAGGGGGGUUAAGAGUCAGCCUUGUUGCUGUGGGUCUGGAGCCACAUGUAGGCCAGACCAGGUAAGGAUGGCAGUUUCCUUCCCUAAAGGAUAUUAGUGAACCAGGUGGGUUUUUCCAACAAUUGACAAUGAAUUCUUGGUCAUCAUUAGACUCUUAAUUCCAGAUAUUUAUUGAAAUCAAAUUCCACCAUCUGCUGUGACGGGAUUCGAACCCAGGUCCCCAGAACAUUAUCUCCGUCUCUGGAUUAAUAUUCCAGCAAUAAUACCAUUAGGCCAUCACCUUCCCUCUCAGAUCAAGCUCAGACCCUUCAUCAGGCUCCUAGUGGGACAAACCAAGAUCCUGGGAAAUUUAUUGAUUCUCUGGGCCAGUGGUAUAUUUUCAGAAAUGUUUUCUUUUAAGUAUUUCCAUUCCUUGCAGCACUGAGACAGGCUCCAUUGUCUCCGAUAUGCAGGGGGAAAGAAUCACAUUAUUAGUUUGAUAUCAAAAUUAGACACUAAAUAAAAAUACCAAACAAUGCAGAAUUCCUUAGAUUUGUUGACUUUGAAUAAGUCAAAGUUCAAAUAUGAUCCUUGACCCAAACUGUUGUCCAAAGUUGCAAGAACAUAGACCCAGCUAAUGCAGUACACGAUAGUUAUUUAAUUUUGUUUAAAAGGAAUAGUUUAAGUAUUGUAUUGUAUUGUUUAAGAAUAGAGACAAUCAUUUCAGCUUUUUUAGGAAAUAUUCCCAUUUUUAUCCGUGUUUUGUGCUGGGCACAGUGGGGAGUGUUAUUGUUGGGGGGGAAAUUAACCCUUUACAUGCAACCAUUGUUAUUGACAAGCACUCCAAUGUCAAAUGUAGCUCACUUAGAUCCAGAGUAAAGCUACCUGUACUCUGCCCCCAAGAACUGUGCCUCAAAACAAUGCCCCUACAAUCGGCCAUUCUUCAGUAACUGAGCUGGAUUGCCAAUUUGGUAUUGUGGUCUGAUGAAUGUAUGUUUUCCAUUUUGAGCUUCUUUGCUAUGUAUCUUUCUUUAAGCUUCAAAGAUGGGAGGCAACUCCAUUCUCUUACCAGCCCUGACUCUCAGCAAAGUACUGUACCCUCCCCCAAAUCUUGUCUGGUUGCAUGAAGAGUUUUUAAAAAAAUGAAAGUGUCCCUUGCCUGGAGUGGCUGAAAACUGGUUUUGUCCUUCCCACUAACGUGGCAGAGAUUCAUAGAAUCCAUACAGAGUGGAAUCAGGCACUUUGGCCCAUCGAGUCCACACCAACCCUCCAAAGAGCAUCCCACUGAGACCCAACCCUCCACCCCUGCAUUUCCCGGGGCCAGUCUACCCAACCUGCACAUCUUUAGACUGUGGUAGGAAACCAGAGCUCCCCGAGGAAACCCAUGGGGACACAGGCAGAGCGUACAAACUCCACACAGAUAGUUCCCUGAGAGCGGAGUCAAACCCAGGUCCCCAGUGCUGUGAGGUAGCAGUGUUAACCACUGUGCCACUACGGUGGAAGCCUGUUUUGAAGUCACGGCAGCGAGUCUGUCUCCUCUAGUUUUUCCUUUCCAAGAAAAAGCAGGACUUAAUGAGGAAGUAUGGAGACAAUUCCCUGUGUCAAACUACAGCAUUUUGUACAGGGUAGGGAUGUGGAAUUAAAUCCUUUGUGUCUUUUUCCAGCAAGGAUUCUGAACUUGAUUCAGUUCAAAAUAGAAUUUUAAAGUAAUGACUUUUUUAUUUAAACCAGAAGUUAAAUUUAAAAUAAUUUUCAUGUCAAAAUUUCAAUUAACUUCAUCUCAAUGGCCUUUUGUGGGAGGGAGUUCCGGUUUUCACUACCACUUACGAGGAGCAAUUGCAGAUCAUCGUUCUUGCUCUAAAUGCAACAUUGUACCUAAUCCUUGUUCUGGUCCCCUCCCGCAGGUAAUGACUUCUUUCCAACCAUCCGAGCGACUUGUUUUAAUCAUAAACUAAAACAGAAAGUGCUGGGAAACCUCAGCAGGCAACACCAGUGAAGUGAAAUCAAAGUUAAUGUUUCACUAUAAACAUCUUCUCCUGAGGGGUCCAGGAAUGUUUUCACUAUUUUAAUACAACUAAGGGUCAGAUUCACCCACCAGCCUUGCACAUGAGUCUAUCCAGGGCACUGACAGUGAAUUGAUUCCAAACCAAUGAAAUUCAGACAUAAUGAAAUCUUAUUCAUAAUUUUUUAUCCUGGCCACAUUUUGGCUUCCACAUGUUUCCUUAGGAAUAGUAAUCCGGGAUGAAUGGGAUGUUAUGUAGGUUUAAUUCAAUGAUGUGGAUGUAGGUUGAUAUUUAAAUUGCAAGAUUGAUUUUGAUUGCCUUUUCAGUCAAAAUGUGAAUUAGUUAACUCUAGUAAACUAAAGUGCACUAAUCAGAGUAGACCUCGUAAAUGUUCCAUUAGCAAAGUAACUGUAGAAACAUGGAUACCAUGUUUCUCUCUUGCUUUGGAUAUGACCUGUUCAGGGUAACAGACCUCUACCUGUCUAGCCGCUUCUUCGCCUGCUAUUCCCCCCUCAUGGUACAAAGCACUAAGAUUGUCACAAAGCAUUGCCCCUUCUCAUUUCUAAAUGUUGCAUUCCCACACGCGCACACACACAUAUAUACAGAUAUACAUAUAUAUGUAAAAUAUAAAACUGUAUGAAAUCAAUCUGUUAUGUGACUUCAGUUCUCCGUAACGUAACAAACAUCAAAUACUUCCAGUAGGCAGGCUGCAAGUGAUAGCUCGCUGAGAGAGAUUAUUGGUUGGCAGAGUGAGCUGGUACAGGCUGAUUGGUCAUCAGGCUCUGUGGCUAAAACCAUGUGGAUUGCGCCCUAUUGACUCCAAGAUCAUUCAUAACCAAUAUAGUAGCCUCACAUGAAAUGUCUCGUUCUGUUCUGAGUCGACUAUCUGUAACAACAAUAAAAGACAGCAGAUAGGAGUAGGCAGUGAGGAACCUUGGGUUUCUGAUUUGGCCAUUCAUUACUGUAAAUAUGAAGGUGGCUUCUAAGACAUUUCUCUCCCUGAGGAGUGUCAUUUUGUAUGAAAAGGAGCUUUGCAAAUCUGCACUCUUUUUGUAAUGAGGUUAUGAAACGUUUUCCUUGCCCUUCCCUCCCUCUGCCUCGGUUCCAUUUACAACCCCCAUUGGAUGUUGGCAAGUUUCAUCUCCCUGGUAGCCAUAAGGAGGAACGUAAUGUGGCUUGGGAGUACAGCAUUUCCCAUCUAGCUCUUGUGGGCACAGAAAUACAGCUGGCAACGAGGCCUCCUACACCUCAUCGUCUGCCCACUGCUUAAGGUUGAGGAGGCACUGCUGUAAGCUGCAGUGUGGCUGAGAUUAGAAAUUCAGAAGAUCAGGGAAGGGCGAAUUUGAAACAUCGCCCCCUCCACUCCCAUCUCAAUUGUAGUCUUCUAACUCUUCAGAAGAGCAAAUCUGUGCCAUCGUGGAUUUUUGUGACAUCUACAUGAUAAUGAGUUGUGCUGUGGACCCAAUCCACGUAGCUCACCCAUCUCCAGCAGUUCCCAGAACGUCCACACACCCAUUCUGAUGUUACCAUCUUAAACAAGCUUUACAUUGAGGCUGCUUGAUAGAACCAACAUAAUUAAACCCCCAAAAGGUAUUAUAGCUACACAGUAAAGAAUAAAACUGUCUGUGACUAAUCUUUGAUUCCUAAGUAAAGUGUACAUAACCAGUCCACCAGAAGCAUUUUUCCUGAGUCAUUGUAAUGGGGCUGUUGAAUGGAUAAAUGGUGCUGAAAGGUGCAGUGAAUUGUGGGCAUAUCCCUCAUCUGUAUGUGGUAUAGUGAAAGCAAUAUAGCUUUGUUAACCCAUCAGAUUUCCACACUGUACAUAGGAAAUAUAAAAUGGUCUCCCUGUACUCCAGUACCUGUGAUGCAGAUUAUUGUCAGACCCAACCCAAAUUCCCAUUUAUCGUCUUAAUGUGUGGAUCUGGUUGUGAAUAUUUAAUGUGUAACCCUCCAUUAUGGCUAAAGCUGUACCCGUUACAGUAAACUGCAUGAAGAUGUACAUGUGUUAACCUUGUUUUCAAAAUAAAAUCAAUGCUGUUUUCUUUGA